UCGGAAGAAAUCGGUUGGGGUGUCGCUGUGUAACGAAGGCGCUGAGCCCCGCGGCCGCGUAGUGACUGACUGACUGACUGACUGACUGAGCCCUCACUGAAGCUGCAGUUGAGUUAACAGUAAAUGAUUAACAGCCCCUCCGCGGCCUCAGUGCCGACCGGACACUUGGAGGUGACCGGGCACAUGGAGGGCGGCGGGACGCCGAGCGAGUUGAGCGGUUUAGACUGCGUUGAAAGUAGACUUGAACUUGACCGCUGUGGGUAUGGAGGCAGCCCAGAGGAAAUUAGAGUUAACGAGUUCAACAGACUGAAAGGAAUCACUUAUCUGGAUCAUGCAGGUACAACGCUCUAUGCACACAGUCAACUUCAGCGAUUUUACCAAGAUCUUGCAGACAAUGUCUAUGGUAACCCCCAUAGUGAAAACCUUAGCAGCAAAUUAACACAUGACACCAUUGAGAAUGUCCGAUACAGAGUUCUACAGCACUUCAACACCAGCCCUGAAGAAUAUAGUGUCAUAUUCACCUCUGGAAGCACAGCUGCACUGAAGCUUGUUGCGGAGAGUUUCCAAUGGACACGUGCAAAACCCAGAAACUCCAGAAGUUGUUUUUGCUACCUGGUUGACAACCAUACAUCUGUUGUGGGUAUGAGAGGACUAGCUACUCUAAAUGAUGCUCUUGCCAUGCCAGUAAAACCAGAGGAGAUUUUAGAACGAAAAGACUAUCCUCUGACUAACAGCAUCGCUCUGGAUGAGGAAGAAGAUUGUCAUAUUAAUCAUCUAUUCUGCUAUCCUGCCCAAAGCAAUUUUUCAGGGACAAAAUAUCCACUUACAUGGACAAAGGACAUUAAAUUAAGAAAUAUGUAUCCUUCUAACAGAAUCUCUGGGAAAUGGUUUGUGUUGUUGGAUGCAGCCUCUUUUGUGAGCACCUCACCACUUGACCUUACCUCUCAUCAGCCGGAUUUCAUCCCCAUCUCAUUUUAUAAAAUCUUUGGGUUCCCAACAGGCCUUGGAGCUCUGUUGGUAAGGAACGAAAGUAGACAUCUGCUGGAAAAAAUAUACUUUGGAGGAGGAACAGCAGCUGCUUAUUUGGCAGGAGAAGACUUCUAUGUCCCAAGGGAGACUCUAGCUGGCAGGUUUGAAGAUGGCACAAUUUCGUUUCUUGACAUUAUAGCACUAAAACAUGGAUUUGACACUCUGGAAAGGCUUACAGGUGGAAUGGAAAAUAUAAUGCUGCAUACCUUUAGUCUGGUCCACUAUACCUACAUAGUACUCACUGGAAUGCAACACGCGAAUGGAGCACCGGUGUCACAUAUUUAUAGAGAUAAUGAAUUUGAAAGCCCAGACAUGCAAGGUCCUAUCAUUAAUUUUAACAUACUCGAUGAGAACGGUGAUAUUGUUGGUUACUCUCAGGUGGAUAGGAUGGCGAGUUUGUACAACAUCCAUCUCCGCACGGGUUGUUUUUGUAACACUGGAAGCUGUCAACAACACCUAGGAAUCAGUAAUGAAGAUGUCAGAAAGAACCUACAGGCUGGCCACAUCUGUGGGGAUUCUAUGGAUCUGAUUGAUGGCCUCCCCACUGGAUCAGUCAGAAUAUCCUUUGGCUACAUGUCCACAUUUGAAGAUGCACAAAGAUUCUUAAGGUUCAUCAUCGAUUCUUUUGUGAAGAAUCCAGUCUGCUUUGACAAAACCAUCCUGUCUAACUUGUCAGGAACUGAAAUAAUGAAGGAGAGAUGUGGAUUUUGGACCGAGAAUCACACAGAUAAAAGAAAGAUAGAAGACCAGGAAGUCAGUCAAAGAGAACGGAAUUCUGCCAGAAUUCAGAUUCUUCCAAAUUGUCACGUUUCAGAGAGUCAAUCAAAGUUGAACAGCUAUAUCCAUGAAAACCAUGAAGAAUUAAUCAAUUCUGACUGUCAGUCAGUAACUCUUACCAACAUCUACCUGUACCCAGUCAAGUCCUGUGCUGCAUUUGAGGUUAAGAAGUGGCCUAUUGGAAAGCAUGGUUUACUCUUUGACCGAACUUGGAUGAUAGUCAACCAAAAUGGCGUCUGUGUUAGUCAAAAGCAGGAACCCAGGCUUUGUUUGAUUCAUCCGCACAUUGACUUGGAACAAGGCAUUAUGACCAUCAGUGCAGAAGGAAUGGACCCUAUAAUGGUGCCUCUAGAAGAAGGAGAUGGAAAACAGUUUCCAUUUCAAGCCUGUCAAAGCAAAGUCUGUGGAGACAGAGUAGAAGGACUGGACUGCGGAGAAAAGGUAGCAGCCUGGAUCUCCAUUUUCCUUGGUCGUCAGAGUCGUCUGGUCAGACAAAGCUCUGAUUUUCACAGAAAUGUAAAGAAGCAGUACACGGAAGGCCAGGGUUUGACCCAAACACAUACCCUGUCACUGGUGAAUGAAGCCCAGUAUCUUCUCAUAAACAGAGCGAGUAUAAACCAUCUCAAGGAGCAGAUAGUAAACAGAGAUGGAGCACGUAAUUCUAGUUCUAUUCAAGCACUAAAAACUGAAGAGCUAAUCCAUCGUUUUCGUGCCAACCUCGUGAUAAGUGGAAAGAGACCAUAUGAAGAAGAUGACUGGGCUGAGGUGGUUAUGGAUGGUACAUAUUUUCAGGUGGUGGGGCAAUGUAGCAGAUGUCAAAUGAUUUGCAUCGAUCAAGUGAAUGGAAAAAGAAGUAAUGAACCCCUACAGACUCUAGCUUUGUGCCGUGAUAGAAAGGUAACCUUUGGGGCGUACCUGAUUCAUCAAACACCAGGAAUGUCAGAGUACUGCAGAGUGUUGUCUGUAGGAUCUUUGGUUUCCUUUGUGAAAAAAGGAGAAGAAAAACCUGCUACACCUUCUGCUGGACAUUAAUAUCCUCAUCAAUGAUCUAGAAGUGAUCUGAAUGGCUUCUACAAGUGUGUAAGGGCUCUGAGACACUAUUAAAAUAGAAAUAGAUAUGGUUUCAAAUUUGGUCCUUCAAGCCUUUAAAAUCCAUUAUUAAUUGCAGUUAUAAUUUUGUUAACCUUGAUAAAAAUACUGAUAUAAUGAACCUUUCCAUUAUUGUAGCAUACAACUUCUAGGAUGGUAGAAGGCGAAUUAGAUGGGCUUUGGUCUUUUUUNGUCCAGCAAUUCCUUUGUUCUUAAUAACCUGUAGUGUAGUGGUUAGCACACUUGCCUCACAAGCGAGAGGACCUGGGUUCAAUUCUCAGGCAGGGCAAAACCUUAGGCAAGUUUCCUUACUCCACACACCUAGCAAUAAGUAGGAACGCAGGAACGCAGUUUUUAGUGGAUUGGAGGACUGCUUUCCGGGGCUAAUAAUCCCUUCAAAAAAUAAAUAAUAAUUUGGUCACUCAGUCCACGACUGUUUGUUGCAAACUGCUGUGCGCAAUUGUCUGCCGUGUUUUGCCCUCAAAAUAUAAUCAGUUCACUUUACAGUAUAUUCUAUGCAGCACUUGGAGAUGUCUCAACAAUGUGAUAGGCGCCAAAUCAAAUGCAAUCAAUAUUGUAAUAUAUAUUGUUCAUAAAGUUUGCACUGUUUUCUGGUGAAACCAAGAGAAGAAAAUGGAUUUUCCCAGAUGUGGAUAAGAUUACAUCAAGUGAGAAAUAAUUGUCCUAAUCUGAUUAAAGUCAUUUCAUUUGUUUCUUGUG